AUACGUUUAAAAAUAUUCACUUAGACACAUAAUUUUUACAAUGGCAAACCAAGACACAGACAAAUACUUGAAACAAUUCUGGCAGACAAAAAAAUUCGCUUUGCAAAGUGAAAAUAUGUCAAGCAGAGAUAAAGCUGAUACUUUGCGCAGUUUAAUGUUUUUCCUUCACAGCCAGUUAGCCUCUGGAAAGAUUACAGAGUCAACGUAUUGUUAUCUUCAUAAACAGCUUUCUGAAGAAUAUUCACUCACUGUUGAUAGUAUGGAUAAAAAUAAAGGAUUAAACAAUUACAACGAGUUGAUGACAGAACUAGCAAAAGACAAACAAAAUGAUAGCCACAGUUGGAAAAGUGAGCUUUUGUUCACAAAUGACAAACAGUCUGCAUGCAUCAAACGAUUGCUUGAAAGAAGAACCAAAAAGGUUGAAACUAAGUACAUGGAAAUAAAAUUUUCUCAAUUAGGGAAAAAUAACUUACAAGCUAACAAAACGCAUCUUUCGAAUGCAGAUAAAUUAGAAGAAAAGAAGGAUAUGCGAUCGACUGCUAUUGUGCAGCACCUCAGUUCUGAAGCAAGCAGGAAACAUGCUCCAAUGUUUGGAAAAAGAAAAUUUGUUAAUACCACAUCAACAACAGAUAAACGUAGAAUUGACUCUAUUGAAAAGGAAAACAAGUUGGCUUGGAGUUCAAAAGCUUUGUCUACAACAAAAACAUUUAAAUAUCCUUCUGAAAGAAACUGUAAAAUAGAUGACACAACGUCAGAGAAAGUAUUGCAUCAAUCUUCACUGCAACCAACUACAGAUCAUUGUCUGCAACAGAAACCACAACAGCCAUUUUUAACUGCAAGAGAACAGUUGGUUGUUGAACAAAAGAAGAAGGGAAAAUGUAUCAAUAGUGGCGUUCGUGAAUCUAUAUCAACUGCUAGUUAUGGGGGAGCAAAGAAAUCACUGGGCACUAGGAGGGGAGUAAACACGAAGUUUGUGCCACCAGUUCAUCAAGAAAAGGAUGAUACAAAUUUGUACAACAGAUCCACCAAGGAUAGUUCGCUGGAUCCAAAAUAUGAAAAUUGCGAGUGGAUGAAAAAUGUCGACCCAAAGAUGGUAACACUUAUUGAAAAUGAAAUCAUGGAACAUGGACCAAACGUUAGUUGGGAAGACAUCGCAGGAUUAGAAUUUGCAAAGAAAACUAUACAAGAAAUAGUUAUCUGGCCAAUGCUAAGACCAGAUAUAUUUACUGGUCUUCGUGGUCCACCCAAAGGACUUCUGUUAUUCGGCCCACCUGGUACAGGAAAAACAUUAAUUGGCAAAUGCAUUGCAAGUCAUUCCAACGCAACGUUUUUUAGCAUCAGCGCUUCUUCUCUUACAUCAAAAUGGGUUGGAGAGGGAGAAAAAAUGGUGCGAGCUUUGUUUGCUGUUGCACGGUGCCAACAGCCAGCUGUUAUUUUCAUCGAUGAGAUCGAUUCUCUGCUGACGCAACGUUCAGAUAGUGAGCACGAAUCUUCUCGAAGGAUUAAGACAGAGUUUCUUGUACAGCUGGACGGCGCGACGAGUUCUGCUGACGAUCGCAUUCUUGUUGUUGGAGCUACUAAUCGUCCACAGGAACUGGACGAGGCAGCACGAAGGAGACUCGUGAAACGAUUAUACAUUCCACUGCCAGAAGAGAACGCACGUAAACAAAUCAUUGGAAAUUUGAUGGCUUUUCAAUCAAAUCAGCUAUCUGAAAAUGAUGUUGAAUUAGUCACUAAGAGCACUGUCGGAUUUUCUGGCGCCGAUAUGGCCAAUCUUUGUCGGGAAGCAGCUCUUGGUCCGAUCAGAAGCAUUAAUGACAUUCGAAAUAUAAACGCAGACGAUGUUCGUCCUAUUGUAUUAAAAGAUUUUGAAGCUGCAUUGAAAUUUGUUCGGCCUAGCGUUUCACAGAACGACUUAAAAGUCUAUGUUGACUGGAACCUUCAAUAUGGUAGCGGCGGAGGCGAGCCUUGAUUCAAGAAAGACCUUGCGGUGAAGAGCUAGCUAUUUAGGUUGGAUGUUAGGUUUUAAAUGUCCUGUUGACAUAAGUGUUAAUAAUUGUUGUUAUUUUAAAUUCUCAGUAUGGAGUUUUUAUUUAUUUUAAAAAAACCUUUUUCUUUUCGCACAACCUUAAAAGGAAUCAGCUCAAUUUUUGUUUUGAAUGAAACUCCGCCCCAAUCCACUUCUCAUUAUUUUAUCCGCCACUCCACUACAAGAAUAAUUUGGAACUUGUCACCUUUUUAUGUAAGAAAACAAAAAAAACGGAAAUCAGAAACAGGGUGAUUAAGGGUGGUUUUUAAAUAUGGCCGACUUGUGUAAAUGGGAGAUAAGAUUGUUUACAUAUAGAAGUGUAUACUUACUUUAAGUAUUUGCCUAAAGUUUUAAUAGAUACACAAAAA